GUUAAUGCAAUGUAUUUUAUAGUUUGCUUUUUUGAAUUAAGCUUUCCUACUGAUAAAUAAACAUGUUUGAAAAAGUAAAAAAAGAAAAAAGAAAAAUAACUCGGAGAGCAGAAGGUAGGAUGGAUGAGGCUAAUUAUGAGAGCGCUGCUGCCAUCCCCUCUAGGGGGAAUCCUUUUCCGAUGUGUCCGGGGUAACUCCUCUCCAUCCAGGAGACAGAGUCGAAUCUUUGGCUUCUUUGGGACCUGAAGUCCCAAGCCAGACCUUGGCCCCGCCUCCAGGCCAUACCUACCUAGUAGAUUCCGUUCUCACGUGGUUCUCCCUUAGCUUCCAGCCAAUCAUCCUUCAGUCCAGGAGCAGGCGAAGUAUGCUCAGUUCCAAUCCCGGACAUGCUCUGUGGAGAAGUCAGUUCCCUGCGCAUGCUCCUUGGAGAAGUCAGUCCCAAGAUGGCGGCUUCCCUGGGAGGUAUGUUUGGGGCUCAGCAACCGGGUCCUCCUCCACCCCCUCCGCCCCCAGGGCCCCCAGGAAGUUCGGGACAAGUUGCGUUGCUUCCAACGGCGGCCGGAGGCCCGAGAAACUCCAACAACACAUUAGUGGACGAAUUGGAAGCGUCUUUCGAGGCUUGUUUUGCUUCCCUGGUGAGUCAGGACUAUGUCAAUGGCACUGAUCAGGAGGAAAUUCGAACUGGUGUUGAUCAGUGUAUUCAGAAGUUUCUGGAUGUUGCAAGACAAACAGAGUGCUUUUUCCUUCAGAAAAGAUUACAACUGUCUGUCCAGAAGCCAGAACAAGUUAUCAAAGAGGAUGUCUCAGAGUUAAGAAAUGAAUUACAGAGAAAAGAAGCAUUGGUUCAGAAGCAUUUGGCAAAACUCAGGCACUGGCAACAAGUACUAGAAGAAAUCAACAUACAACAUAAAAAGCCCACAGAAAUACCCCAAGGACCAUUGGCAUACCUUGAACAGGCAUCAGCUAAUAUUCCUGCACCCAUGAAGCAAACAUGACUCUUUCCUGUCUCUAUUACAGAAGAAUUAAACUAAGAAUUUUUUUUAUUUGUAAUUUCGAUGAAAUCUGCAAACUAUUGAUGUACAAAAGUAUUUCAUUAUGUUAAAAAUUCAAUUUCACCAAAUAUUUUUUCUUUUUCUAUGUACAGUUUCUUAAAGCACAUUCCUGUAAAUUCUGCUGAAUGCAUAUUGUUUUGGUAAACUAAAAUUAAUACUUUUUUCAAAAUUU